CUUUGUGUGUGUGGGCUGAAUGAUUGCUGAAUGAAUAUCACCUGCACCUGUCUGUGAAUUGUUUUGGCUUGUAUGGAGAGAGUGUGAACCUGGGUGCUGUUACUCCUGUUGAACACAAAAGGACUGCAAAAGGACUGCAAAGGAACCACAAAUCACCUGAAUCAGUUUGAGCACUUCCGCCGCCUGCUCCGUCUUCUGCUCCCGGAGAUGCUUCUGGAUGUCGCGGAUCCAAGCCGCCCGCCUGACGUACGGACAGGGGCUGCUCCUCCGCAGCAUGCCGGCCAGCUUGUCGGACUUGAGCAUCAAGGAGAUUGUGGCCAACAUAACCACCAGUGACCUCCUCGCUGCCGAGGCCCCGGACGCCGACCCGAAAAGACCGCCACGUUCCUGCCCGGCCCUCCCAAUGGCGAAGAAGAUAAUCGCCGUGGCGCUAACGCUGCUGCUGGUGGCAGCGGUGGCCACGUUUGUUGGCGUCUUCUUCGGCGUGGGGUCAAAGACGCUCCCGAGUACGCACGUGUACCUGAGGGCGGCUGUGGCGGCGGAUGCCGGACCGUGCUCUGUGAUCGGCAGUGACACGCUGAAGAAAGGGGGUUCUGCAGUGGAUGCCACCAUCGCCACCCUGCUGUGUGUGGGACUGAUGAACGCCCACAGCAUGGGCAUCGGGGGAGGGCUGUUCAUCACCAUCUACAACGCCUCAACAGGGAGAGUGGAGACCAUAGACGCCAGGGAGACGGCGCCUCGAAACGCCACGGAGAAUAUGUUUGGCAACAGCACGGACUUGUCUCAGAGAGGUGGAUUGUCCGUGGCAGUUCCGGGGGAGAUCCGGGGUUACAAGCUGGCACACGAGCGACACGGCCAACUCCCUUGGAGGGAUUUGUUCCAGCCCAGCAUUGAUCUGGCAGAAAAGGGCUUUCCUAUUGGAAGGGCGCUUGCCUCUGCUUUGUUGAAACACAACAACACUGUCAUCAAAGACUCAGCCUUGUGUGAGGUCUUCUGCAAGAAUGGCAGCGACGUCCUGAAAGAAAACGACACCAUUAGGUUCCCGAAACUUGCAAACACCUACAGGGCGAUAGCGGACAAAGGGCCUGAUGAGUUCUACCUCGGAGAACUAGCAAAGAACCUGGUGGCAGAUAUUCAGGCUGCAGGCGGCAUCGUCACAAUGGCGGAUCUGAGGGAUUACGCGCCCGUCUUGGAUGAGAAGCCUCUGAGCGUGAACGUGGGGGAGUACAUCAUGGCUGUUCCCAAUGCCCCCGCCAGCGGCCCCGUGCUCUCCUUGAUAUUAAACAUCUUGAAUGGGUACAACUUGACGGCCGACAGCGUGGCCAGCAGCGACGCCAAGGUCCUGACGUACCACCGCGUCAUCGAGGCCUUUCGCUUCGCCUACGCAAAAAGGAGCUUGUUGGGAGACCCGGCGUACCUCAACAUCACCAAUCUCAUCCAGAACAUCACCUCGCAGAACUACGCCGACGACAUCCGGGGAAAGAUCACGGAUGACACGACCCACCAUAUGAGUUACUACGAGCCGGAGUUUUACCUGCCGGACGACCACGGGACCUCACACCUCUCCGUGGUGGCGGAGGACGGCAGCGCAGUGGCGGCCACAAGCACCAUCAACCAAUUUUUUGGCUCCAAAGUCAUGUCGAGGUCAACGGGAAUUCUCCUCAACAACGAGAUGGACGACUUCAGCUCGCCGCUCAUCACCAACGGCUUUGGAGUGCCGCCUUCGCCCAGCAACUUCAUCCGGCCAGGGAAAAGACCCAUGUCCUCCAUGUGUCCAACCAUCAUCUUCGACAAAAAGGGCCGAGUCAAGAUGGUGGUGGGCGGCUCGGGAGGCACCAAGAUCACGACCUCCAUCGCUCAGGUGAGGCGCGGUGAAGCCGUUAAAAAGCGCGAGGACGCCGAUCACAUGACUCCGCCGUGCGUCUUCCAGGUGAUUCUGAAGGCGCUGUUCUUUGACUACGACUUGAAGAAAGCCGUGUGGGAUCCCAGGUUGCACAACCAGCUGAGUCCCAACCACACCGUCGCCGAGCACGACUUUGACAGAAACAUCAUGGCCGCUUUGGCGGAGAAGAACCACGAGACGUCGUACCUCAGCUCGACGGGAGCGGUGGUGCAGGCGGUGGUUCGUCACGACGACGGCCUCCACGCCGAGUCGGACCCUCGCAAGUGGUCGUACGCCGCGGGCUACUGAGGUCCCUCUUGUGCCGUAGAUGUGAGCUUAAAUAACAGCCGGAGAGUGGCUACUGUGUAGCAACUAACUAACAAACACUGGAGACUUAACACAUGACACUUAACAGGCUUGUUAGCCAGACCAUCUUUUAGCAAACACAACCAAAAACAACAACGAAAAAGUCUUUUAUCUGCUGUAUCUUGAUCGGACUGUGAACGCUUCAAACACUGCCACCUUGUGUCCAAUCGCAAGAAGUGUACGAUUCCUCGCUAUUUAUGAUUUUGUAAAUCGAUACAGCUGUCAAUUAAAAAGGUGACAUGGUGAUAUUCAA